AUGCGCGCAACGACAACAACGCUCCUCGUCCUCCUCAGCACACUCGCCCUCGCGGCCCCGACCCCUCUCCCAAAAGACAACAAGCUCCUCCUCCCGCCCACGGACCUGGGCCAGCACACGGGCAAAAUCGGCGUCGACAACGUCGACCUGAACACCAAGCUGCGCGUCGACCCCGUCCGCAUCGACCUGCACAACCGCCAAGACGCCGGCCAAGGCUCGCCCGUGACGGACCCCAAUGCGAUGCGUCCGUCGCCCUACUCCGACAAGCCCGUGGAGAAGAGGGUGCAGCGGGAGAAGAACGCGCCCGAAGAUGUGCCGCGGUGGAAGAAGAAAUACAAUGCCGAGUACGAUUGGAUGAGUCCGGCCUGA